CAGACUAGGGAACACUAGUUAUGACAGGCCGGAGUGGAGGCGAAGUUGAGUCUUCAUCGUAGUAAACUUGGAACAUGGAAGAAUAAGGAGCAUGCCAUCAUAAAGUGGACCCUGAGGGGAUCAGAAGAAGAAUCGGGGCAAAGACGUAAACAACGAGCCUGAUGGCACAGCAAGAAGAACCUCUGUAUGAUUUCCCAGAGCCCACCCAGCCGCCAGGGUGCAAGUUCCUGGGGCAUCAAAGGGGACGGGGCUCUCUGAGAAGCAUCAGCGUACUGGACCGCCUCCUGCUCACAGUUCCUGUCUGGCUUCAGCUGUCGAUCAACCCUGCCACUGCGCUGCACAUACUGCAAAGAGAGCCUCCUGGGACAUUCCUGGUGCGAAAGUCUCGCACUUCCCAGAGAAACGUGCUGUGUGUUCGUUUGGCGGACGACAGCGUGCCAUCCUUUGUUCAGCAGUUUGGCAUCAGGGAGGAGCAAGGUGCUCUCUCUCUGGAGACUUCAGCCAUCAGCUUUCCAGAUCUCCCAAGACUAAUUUCCUUCUACUGUGUCAGCAGAGAUGUACUACCUUUCCCUCUGGAGCUUCCUGAAGCCAUUGCAAAGGCAACAUCCCACAAGGAGCUUGAGUCCAUCUCACAUAUGGGAGUAGAAUUUUGGAAUUCCCACCUAAACAUCCGUGGGCCACGGGAGACCCCUAAGCCCCAGAAGGACAAGGAGAAGAAGCCAGACACUGUAACCUCAGCCUUGUCCACUGCUCCUUCAAAGACGAACCUUGAAUCAACUCCUCGGCACGACUCAGACCACCAGCACAAGGCAGCACCUGAAUCAGACACUGGUUCCAAAACAGGUUCCAACCCCACUCUGUUCCACGAGUUUUGUCCAAUCACGACGCGUAGCCCCAGAGAGCUGGACUGUGGCUCUGGCCUGGGCGCUCUCUGCUUCAUCAACCCCCUUUUCCUGCAGUCUCAGAACACUUUGUCCAGACGACGCAUGUUCAAGCACAGCCUCAAGGUUCGGGUUUCCACAGAGACAUCGACCCUGCUCUCACCCCCUCUUGCUCCGCCACCUCCACCGCCUCUAAUGCCCAAAACUAAGGGGAGAUGUAAAGCCCAGAAAGAGAAACAAGGAGCUGCCCGACCCAGUAAAGGCUUAGGCCUUUUACAGGAUGAAAACCCAAGUCAAGCCACUCAGAGUGAUCCCACAGCUCAGGACAUUCAGCCACUGACACAGACACAGGACCUUCCCAGUGAGGCCCAAAUGCAGCCUCCAUCAGCAGCCCCUCACUUCCAGCCUGAGGUGCAGGAGCACGGCCAAACCGAGACAGAACAGAGCCAAACUCAAUCUGAAGUUGAGGAAGUGAAGGCUACAACUCAGCUGCCAACAGUAAUGCAGCAUCUCCCAGAUGAUUCAGACUACAGACAGCCCUCUCCAGCGAUCAGUUGCUCCCAGCCUCCGUCACUCUCUCCUUUCCUCUCCCCAGCUGUUUUUCCUAUGGCGCCUCCCCUUUUGCCCAAAAUGUCUCAAUCCCUCUCCCCUCACAGCUCUCCCGGUGUUUCUCCCUCUCCCUCCCCUUAUCAAUCCCCAUCUCUUUCUCCCAAGGUCCCCUUUUCUCUCUCUCCACAUGACUCGCCCAGUGCUUCGCCCUCUCUUUCACCUUAUCAGUCCCCAUCUCCUUCUCCACAGGUCCCCUUCUCGCUUUCUCCCUUCACCUCUUCACCCAUCUCUCAGCUGGCAGAGCAGGCUUAUCACACACCUGCCGUCCCCUCAAGACCAAAUCAGCAAAGAUCAGAGGACACUGAAAAGGAGGGAGCAGGUGCAGAUGAAAAUGAGGAUGAAAACGGUGAAACAGAUGAGGAACUUCCCGAAAAGGGGGAGGAGGAGGAGGAGGAAAGGGGUCUGGUUUUACAGAUGAAUGCAGAUUCUCUUAAUGACACAGACAGUUGCAGUUCCUUCAGCAGUCUUGAGGGGACAACAGAGACUCCACCUCACUCACCGCAUAAUCAGAACAAUGGUACAAGCCUCUAGUGAACAAAUAUAUGUUUCUGAAUAACAUUAUGUGAUAUCAUGAAGCACUAUGUAGAAUUAGUGUAGACAUGUUGACAGCAGCAUUUGAGUCCUAGGUGAAUCAUUAGGAAUAUUU